GUAAUUGUUGUUUUCCAGGGCUACAAUUGGAGCCAUGACCGUAACGUUGUGACAGUGUUCUCGGCCCCGAAUUAUUGUUAUCGAUGUGCAAAUCAGGCAGCGAUGGUUGAAUUGGACGACGAUCUGCGAUACUCAUUCCUGCAGUUUGAUCCGGCACCGAGAAAGCCCGAAACGAAUGUCGUUCGACAGACACCGGAUUAUUUCCUCUGA